AUGACGCACAUGCGCCGCGUAUAUAUGAACCCCUCAGAUACACACGGACAACUUCAAACGGACGUUACGAGACUACGAAAACAAGUUCGCGACCUCCGCGCACAGGAAACGGCGCUCAAGGCCAGACAUGAGCAACAGCAGAAGAGAGCGGAGAGUUACAAGAAGAAGUUCCAGAAUGGGACGCGCCGCAUUGAGGAACUCGAGGGGCAGUUGGAGGAGACGAAGGAAGCGCUUGAAGUUACGCGCAACAAGUUGAGGAAGGUGAGGAAGGAGAGGGAUGAGACAAUGGAGGAGCACGUGAGCAUGGAAUCGGUGGUGGAAGAGAUGGAGGAUACAGUUAGUAGGUUGAGGAGGGAGAGAAACGAGACUAGGGAUGCGCUCACUGCUGCGAAAGCGGAUGGCGUUGUCAAGAAGAGGUUGAUUCAAACGCUUGAGGCUCGGCUUCAAGAAUCGAUAAGCGAUAACUAUAAGCGCAAAUUCGAAGAGCUCGAAGCCAAAGUUCGAAGGAUGGAGCGAGCCCAAGCGGCUGCGGCCUUCACUCCCCCAGUCACCCGGGCUAAGGCGCGUAGCCAUGAAGCGCUGGGCGCCUCGGCAUCGACCUCGGUUAAGCGCGUUCGAUCAACAGAGGGUGUCACUGAAGCCUCUGGCUCAGCAUCUCGACCUCGCAAGGUCUUGAGGACCUCAGCGAGCACCUCGAAAUCUGCGCGGAAAUAG